AAUCGCAAUUGAGUGAGAUGAAACAUUAGAGACUAGCUACUCCUCGAAUUCACUGUCUAAAGCGACGAUAAAAUGGUUAAUAGCACCGUGAACUUUACUCUUCCGGCUGGCCUUGCCCCCGACCAGGCCAGCCCGGACUGGUUGAGCAAGGGCGACAAUGCAUGGCAGCUCACGGCAGCCACACUGGUGGGUCUCCAGAGUGUCCCUGGCCUAAUUAUCCUCUACGGUGGUGCCGUCAAGAAGAAAUGGGCUGUGAACUCCGCCUUCAUGGCCCUCUACGCCUUUGCAUGCGUCCUCGUCUGCUGGGUCAUCUGGGGCUACCAGCUGUCCUUUGGGGAAAGCUUUCUCCCUUUCCUGGGAAAGAUCAACGUUGCGCUCGAGCAAGAAUUCCUCCUAGGCAAAACAUUCUCCGGGAACUUACCUAACGCGACCAUGGUUUACUUCCAGUUCGUCUUUGCAGCGAUCGCCCUGAUAUUGAUUGCCGGAGCCCUACUGGGGAGGAUGAAUUUUUUUGCCUGGAUGCUGUUCGUGCCACUGUGGCUGACCUUCUCAUACACUAUAGGAGCAUUUAGCAUAUGGUGUCCGAAUGGUUUCUUCUUCAAGAUGGGACUGAUAGAUUAUUCGGGUGGUUUCGUGAUCCAUCUUUCUUCUGGAGUAGCAGGUUUUACAGCAGCUUACUGGGUUGGUCCUCGAUUGACCAAGGACAGAGAGAGGUUCCCUCCCAACAACAUCCCGCUCAUGCUGACCGGGGCAGGGCUUCUGUGGAUGGGUUGGACCGGCUUCAAUGGAGGCGACCCCUACAUGGUAAGCAUAGACACGUCACUUGCCGUGUUGAACACGCACGUUUGCACUGCCAUGAGCCUGUUGACAUGGUUGGUGCUCGACGUCAUCUUCUUCGGGAAGGCCUCUGUAAUUGGCGCUGUGCAGGGAAUGAUCACUGGUUUAGUCUGCAUCACUCCCGCUGCCGGGGUUGUACAAACAUGGGCCACGAUACUAAUGGGCAUCUGUUCUGGUUCGAUUCCCUGGCUCACCAUGAUGGUGGUCCACAAGAAAUUUGAGCUCCUCCAGAAGGUCGACGAUACGAUGGCGGUGCUGCACACCCAUGCCAUAGCUGGUAGCCUAGGGGGUCUUCUGACUGGAUUGUUCGCCGAGCCAAAGCUCAACCGUCUGUUCUAUUUUGCAACUGACCAGUACAUGGGCCUGUUCUAUGGACUUCAGAUGAGCAAGGUCCACGAGGGGUUUCGACAGGUCGGAAUCCAACUCCUAGGGAUCCUGUUCAUCGUGAUCCUCAACAUCGUAAUGACGAGCAUUAUCUGCGUAGUGGUGCAGUUCAUCGUGCCUCUGAGGAUGUCCGAGGAGGACAUGGAGAUCGGGGAUGAGGCAGCCCACGGGGAAGAGGCUUAUGCUAUUUGGGGCGAGGGCUCGAGGUAUGGGUCAAUAUAUAAUGACUCGGACCCACCAGCAAAGAAGGGUAGAACGGGUGGGCAUGUCGAGAUGACUUGAAUCGUUUGAGUACUUCAGUCAGAAAAUUUGCUUAUUUCAAAUUUUAUUCGAAGAUAUGAAAAACCUUGGAAGGAAAUAAGAACUUCAUUGUGAUUUUCUUGUUGAUUGAUGAUUGAUGCUGUGGUCUCUUUUUUAUUAUGACUUGGCUUAUCAAAGAAAAGAAUUCGUAUGUGGAUUUCAAUCAGCAGUUUUUAUUAUUGUUAAAUAAAUU